GUGAGUGUGCGCAUCAUUCCGCAGAGCUGAGGCCAUAGCGACAAGUUGUAGCAGAGGAAAUCGAUCAGGAAGAGAUCGAGAAGAUGGGGAGGCAGCAGCUUUGCAUGGUGUUCCUGAUGGCGUUCCUCGUCGUCUCUACCAUGGACGUUGUCCACGUGGCCGCAGGGAGAGGGCUAGGGGAGGGGAGCUAUGGAGCCUUGAUCCCCGGCGGCACGCCUUCCGUGCCUCGUGGCCAGCCAUACACUGGCCGAACAUGCACAAAAAUCUACGCGUGUAAACCGCCUGCUGCUGCUGACGCUGACGCCGCCGGCGGAGCGCCAUGACGACGAUCAGCAUGCUUGGCCUGUUUAGAUUGGGGCUGAAAAUUUUUUGGGUGUCACAUCGAAUGUGUGGGAAGGAUGUCGGGAGGGAUUUUUAGAAACUAAUAAAAAAAUAAAUUACAUAGCUCGUCAGGAAACUGCAAGACAAAUUUAUUAAGCAUAAUUAAUCUGUCAUUAGCAUAUGUGGGUUACUGUAGCACUUAAGGCUAAUCAUGGAGUAACUAGGCUUAAAAGAUUCGUCUCGCGAUUCUCAACUAAACUGUGUAAUUAGUUUAUUUUUUUAUCUACAUUUAAUGUUCCAUGCAUGUGUCCAAAGAUUCGAUGGGAUGGAUGAAAAAAUUUUUGGUGGGGAACUAAACAGGGCCUAAGAAUAAUAAUUUCCUUUGAACAACAAGGCGCCUCUAGUCUAGGCUCUACAUAAUCACUAGUAGUAAUCAGGUUAGUAUGAGUCUAUAUAAUAAUUUAAUAAGAUCCAAACUGUAAUUGGGCGGAGGCGCUGUGUGUGCAUGUACCCGUGAUGGAGAUGUAAGUGGGAUGUUCGUAAGCCUGGAGUCUUGAGAUGAAGGCAAAUUAUUGAACUAUUCUGUGC